AUGGCCGAGCUCCCACUCCACUACUGCUACUACCUCCUCCUUAUCUUGAUUCCUCUGCUCGCCGCCAUCCCACUCCUCGUGCUCCACCGAUCGUCGGCCUGGCACCGGCGCAGCGGCGCGGCGCCGCUCCCUCCUCCGUCUCCGUGGGCGCUCCCGGUGAUCGGCCACCUCCACCACCUGGCCCUCGCGGGCGCGCUCCCGCACCGCGCCAUGCGGGACCUGGCGAGGCGCCUCGGCCCGCUCAUGCUGCUCCGCCUCGGCGAGCUCCGCGUCGUGGUGGCCUCCUCGGCCGACGCCGCGCGCGAGGUGAUGCGGACCCACGACCUCGCCUUCGCGACGCGGCCUGUCAGCCACACGGCCAGGGCCCUGCUCGGCGACGGCAGCCUCGGCCUCGUGUUCGCACCCUACGGCGACGGGUGGAGGCAGCUCCGCAGGAUCUGCACCACAGAGCUGCUCAGCGCGCGCCGCGUACGGUCGUUCAGGGCCGUGCGCGAGGACGAGGUCCGCCGGCUCCUCCGCUCCGUGGCGGCGGCGCCGGCGCCGGUCGACCUGAGCGAGAUGGUGUCAGCGUACGUGGCCGACGCGUCCGUGCGCGCCAUCAUCGGCAGCAAGUUCAGGGACAGGGACACGUUCCUACGCCUGCUGGAGCGCCGCCUCCGGAACGUGCCCGCGCAGAUCCUGCCGGACCUCUUCCCGUCCUCGCGCUUGGCGACGCUCGUCAGCCCGACGCUGCGGCUCUUGAAGCGCGAGCGCCAGGACAUGAUGGCGUUCAUCGACACCAUCAUCUAG